UCACGCACUUCUGUCAUGAACUCUUCCGCCGUGCUGCUGUACAGCUGAGUGGCUCUAUGCUAGAGUUUCACUCAGCUAACACAACACCAGAGCGGACCGUGUCUCAGGACGUCGACUCGACAGUUUAAUUCACUAACUUGAGAAACAAUAAGAUGAUAAAAGCCAUACUGAUAUUCAACAACCAUGGGAAACCGAGGCUUUCGAAAUUUUACGAAUAUUACAGUGAAGACACAGAGCAGCAGAUCAUCAGGGAAACAUUUCACCUGGUAUCGAAGCGGGACGAGAACGUCUGCAAUUUUCUUGAGGGUGGAAUGUUGAUAGGUGGGUCAGACAACAAGCUGAUCUACAGACACUAUGCCACGCUGUACUUUGUCUUCUGUGUAGACUCCUCAGAGAGUGAACUCGGCAUUCUAGACUUAAUCCAGGUAUUUGUGGAAACGCUGGACAAAUGUUUUGAGAAUGUCUGUGAGCUUGACCUCAUUUUCCAUGUGGACAAGGUACACAAUAUCCUGUCUGAGAUGGUGAUGGGUGGCAUGGUCCUAGAGACCAACAUGAAUGAGAUCAUAACACAAGUGGAUUCCCAAAACAAAAUUGAGAAGUCUGAGGCUGGCAUUGCAGGGGCUCCUGCACGUGCUGUUUCAGCAGUAAAGAACAUGAACCUGCCAGAAAUGCCCAAGAACAUCAACAUUGGAGACAUCAGCAUAAAAGUGCCAAACUUGCCAUCUUUUAAAUAGCAGCAGUGGACCGGAUGGGCAGACGUACAGUACACGUAAGUACACCCUAUGGAAAUUGUUGGCUUUUUUGACAUUUGGACAAGCAAACAUUUGAACAUCUUUGAAACGGUGCCUGUUAAUAAAGUUGAUAUACUCAAACAAAGCCAUAAGGACAAUGAGGUUUUUGAAUCAUUUAUUCAACAGAAAGAUCAAUAGAUGUGGUGAUCUUCUGUGGAAAAAAAAUUAAGUACAACAUUGUCCACUAGUCACUGUCAUUGGCUUGCUGGAAUUUUUUGACUACUCUUCCAUGCAAUAUUCUUUCAGUUACAAGAAGUUUGAGGGUUUUCUUGCAUGUACUUGCAUCUUUUUGCAUCAGACGGUCUGCUCUUGGGCUGAAUUUGCUGGGACGUUUGAAAUCUGCGCCACUUGUAGAUGAUUUUCCUUAGAGUGGAAUGAUGUAUUUCAGAUAAUUUGGAGAUCUUUUUAAAUCCCUUGCCAGACUCAUAGGUACUCACAACCUUUUUUCUGAACUCUUUAGAUCUUGGCAUGAUGACACCACACACCUCAAUAACAAAGGGCACACCAGACACUAGAUAUGAGAGGAGUAUGGAUAAGACAAUUUCCAUCCGCACUUCCUAAGCAGACUCUAAUAAAUUUCACCCAAUCUUGAACACCUGAUUCUAAUUUAUUGUUUUGAAGGUGUGAUUAAAUGUAGGGGUGUACUUACUUUUUCCAUAUGACUGAUCUGUGUUUUUGUUCAUUUAAAUUGUGAACGUUAUUACAAAAUGUAAAUUUUAUGUCAUUUGAUGGUGCAACAACUUUUAAUAGGCACCGUUUCAAAGAGGAUCCAAUGUGUUUAAAAAAUAAUAAAAAAAUUUAUUUCCAUGGGGUGUACUUAUUUUUUCACAUGACUGUAAAUGCAUAAAUGUUUACCAAAUACAACGUGAAUAUCUUGUUAAGAAGGUACUGUGUGAUUUCCUGUCAUGUUGCUUCUGGUCUUUGAAUGGCAUUUAUGUUUCUUUUUUUUUACUCUAUGGACAUGAAGUAUUUAUUUAUUACAUUCCAUCGGCCUUUCUGAAGGUUUGCUUCUACAAUUUGGCUGCUACAGUAUUUGAAGAUCAUGUCUUUAUAAUGCUUUGUACAUCAGACCUAAAAAAAAUAUACUCAAUUAUGAAAACAUCCAAGUGAUGCUGUAUAUGCUUUAAUUGUAUUACUGGUAUUAUACUGUAUGUAAUCAGAGUAUUUUAUAUAUAAUUUAUCUUUUCUUACUCAAGCAAUGCUUUUAUCUUUAAUCAGUGCAUGUGAGUGUUUCUUCUUUUUUUCACAACAAAAUAAAAAAUGCAUAAUUUUA